AUUCAUUAAGCCAGUUUGCUCAGAUCUCGUCGGUGGAAGCUCGUGCUCUUCUCGCUUAACCCCUGGCUCAUUUGUGGCGUCGGAUAAAGUUUUGCAAAGACAUAUUUCGCAGCAUCUUGGAACUAAAAUCCGAUACAAUAACUCCUCGUCCUUAACAUGGAUUGGAUUGAUUUUACAUAAAUUAUUUAGAAAAGGAAUGAUUUACCACAUAUGACUAGAAAGUGCUGGAUUAUUUUGUCAGAUUUUCUUGUUAAAAAACUUGCUUGGUCGUGAGUCGUCACCAGAAAACAAUUUUAAUUGAGAACUCUACACUGUGACUCUGAAAUUCUUGAACAGAAACUUGAUUUGUUUUCUCAUCUGGAUUUAACGUACCAUUCCUAUUUCCACUAAUAAACAGGAUUGUUGCUUUCUAUAUUGUGAUUAUUUCAUAUUUGGAAGUUAUACGUUCGGACAAAUCAUGUUGACCAAACUUGCUACCAGUGCGGUGUUUUAUGUCACAGCAAUUUUUGUCUCUAUAUAUGCUGUAACCAGUGGAAAUGCACAGUGUAUUGAGAAUGGAAUAAGCACAAAUAUAAGCAGCGAGUUAGUAAGAGAAGGGGAUAGUGUGACUCUGUCCUGCUAUGUAUCUGGUGCCGGUGGACUGUCGACUUCCUGGGUCAAUCCAGCCGACGAAAUCCUCUCCGUUGAUGCAGUUAUUUCUGGAAACCUCGGACCAAGGUUUGCGAUCGAAGCCAAUAACGCAAACCCAGAAUGCAUGGUAUAUAACCUUACCAUAUCAAACCUGACCAUGGCCGAUGCAGGCACCUAUGCGUGCAGACCGACGACGGCCACGAAUCCGUUGUCGAGCGAGGCAAUUCUUAUUGCAUAUGAGCCGUCACCGAUCUAUCCAGAGUGCCGGGUGACGGGGGGUAGUACCUUGGUCCGGAAAGGAGAUAUCUUGGAGUUCAUCUGUGAAAGCGAACCCGGCGUUCCCGAAUGGGAUCUUGUCUGGGAAAGCUAUCUGUCCGGUACGAUCGCGACGUCGCCCAUCAAUUCGACAACGACUAACAGUGAGUUGAAAAGCAUCACGUCAUCAUUAAACGCCACCGCUGAUGAGAAUGGAAAGAUCAUGUCCUGUUUUGCUGCAUGUCGCGAUCCAGGGUGCGUGGAUAAAGCUUCACGGAACUGCAGUCUGGGACAGAUCGUCGUCGUCGACAACCCUGUUGAUGAGUAUUUCUUUGUUAAUGACUCUUUAAUUUUUGUGAUGAUUGGCGGGAAUGUGAGCAUGGAGUGUCACACCACGUUGCCCGGUGCAGAGGUAAUCUGGCUCCUACAUGAAACUGUAACUGAGAGCUAUGUUGUAGAGACGACUCCUACUGGACAAUCAGCAACCAUCUACAUUACCGGUAUUACCAACACUACCACUGAAAACCCUUUCGUAUGUUCACUCAAUAUCGACGGAGUUCUCAUCGCGACUAAAAAGGCUUCCUUGACACUCGAUCCAAUUCCGACCACCCAGAUGCCAACCACGGUGAUGCAGACGACAGGGCCGACGACGGCGAGUUAUUACACAGACAUGGCCCCGAUGAACGUCACAGCGACGCCCAGCAUGUUGGUGAAUGUCACAUCAAAUGCGACAAAUGCGGUAAAUACGACAAGCCAGCCAGGUAACGCAACAACAACCAUGUCAUCUGGCAAUGUAACAACCACUCUGGCUUAUGGCAAUACGACAUUGGGAGUGACAAACAGUUCGUCACCAAAUGCUACUGCAGCUGCUACCACUCCCCCACAAGGACCCACGACACAAGCGCCUUUGUUGCGGACAAACACAACACAGCAGCCACAGAAUACGACGCUGCCAACAACGACGCUGCAAGGAGGCACCAAUGGGACAAAUGUGACGUCAGAAUCAGGCAACACUACAGCAACGGUAGGACCCUUCAACCCAACGAUCGUUCAACGUAAUAUGACAACACUCGACUGGUGGAAACCACAGACAACAUUCUUCCCACAGAAAACUAUGUUCCCUCAGAAUCCUGAGAGUCCUACGACCAUGAUGACCCAACAGCCUUCAACAGGCCCUCAGACGACACCAGUUGCUUCAGGUCCACCGAACGCCAUAGCUGCUUUCUUCACUCUUCCAAUCAUCAUGGGUAUCGCAGCUGUUGGUGGUCUCCUUCUCAUCUUUAUCGUCGCAGCUAUCGUCUGCGUUUUGACGUCGAAGAAACGACGCGGCAGUCAACACGAUGUCGAAGAGCUAACCGAACUCUCCAAGAGAAACUCCAAACCUUACGAAGUGCCUUCCAGCCGGACAGCAGAGUCCGAUCCGACGUUCCCUGCAUUUGGAAAGGGGACAUCAACUCAAGACUUGAUCAAUCCGUCCAGCGCGCAACAGAAUGGUAGCAACAACAUAGGUAGAAGCAAUAAGAACAAUGGAUCUGAUACAAGACCGCUCACUGCUAAUGAUCUUCUUAGUAACGGUAUUGAUAAUCAUGGCAUGUCUGAUUCAAUUCUUUAAACCAACAAUCGCAAUAUUUCAAAUAAUUGUACUCUCAAUACAUCAUGAAUAUAAAGAUGACAGUCGAUGUCGUUUCGAAUAAAAAACAGGCCUUCAAGACUGACGCGAAUUGUAUCCUUCGAUUGGGAUAUCGGCCUGCCUGAUUAAACGCCGCGGCGCGCCGGUCUCGCAGCGAGAUCGACAUAACAGCGAAGCAAAUCUAUGACCAUUCAACAAGAUAUUGUUACGUAAUGCUGUAAAUUUCAUAUUAAGAUUAUCAUCCGUUCAUGAUGACGUCAGACAUGACUAAUCCACAGGCACACCAACGGAACCGCUUCCAGAUCGAUCGAAAAUGUUUCCAAUGACAUACCAUUGGUCGAUUUGGAAUCAGUUUCGUUGGUGUUACUUUCAACAUCUUGGGAAGCUGACUGCCCUAAUGUAAUUGGGUUUCUCUAAACGCUGGUUAUUGUCCAUCAGUUUGUAGACACUUGUUGGAUGGGGCGCAAAGAUGGGGCUACAAUAAUAAUUUUAAGUAUGACUGUAUUCUUUAUUAUGUUCUUUAUGGAGCAUAAUGUAAACUAUCAAAUACCUAAAUGAGGUUACAAAUGUGCGAUUUUUUUCUUAUAUGAUAUAUUACAUGCAACAUCAAUCAUGGUUUAUGCCCAAAUAGCAGGUGUUGGAAUAUCAUUUUACAGCAUUAAGCGUAAUAGUGGUUACACCAACGAAACCUAUUCAAGACCGAUCAACGUUACUACCAAUGAUACCGUGAACCAUUGGUCGGUUUUGGAGCCAGUUCUGUCGAUGUGACUGUAUAGCAUUUCCAUUUCGGCAUGUACGGUUAUGAUUGAGGGGCCAUAGAACUGGGGCGGAGUAGAGGGAUGGGGGCUUCAGCCGCUCACCAACUGUUAUCCAAAAAUGUAAAAGUUACCAAUUGAAUGUGAUUUUUUUGCAUGGUCACCCCCACAUUUUUGGCACAGCCACCUUCCCCUUUUAAAAAAUCGUCUGCGGCCCAUGUGACCGUACCCAACAUGAUCAAAGAAAACCCUAAAUUGUCCCCGUUUCCGGUUUCAACGAUUUUGAUGGAAUGAAACCUCACACUUAUCAUGAUGAUUAAUAAAGGACAUUGUAGCACAUGAUUGAAUAUUACGCUAAUAACAAACAAUGGUCUUCGUAUUGCCAAGUUAUACUUACGAAAGAUGCCAUCAAUUGAUUUCAGGAAUCUUAAAAUUAAGGUUUCUUGGGUUGCAUUAUAAUCCUGGAUUGAGCUCUUUAAGAUUUCCAGAGCCCCCCCCCCCCCCCCCGCCUCGGUAAAUUUUUAUUCAUAAAUUUGACUUUUUAUUAUGAUGCAACGAAUUGACAAUGGCAAUUACGAAUCGCAAAAAUUAUGGGUGCCCCUCGAAACAAUAGCCUUAACCAGCCCAACAUGUUCUUUGUGUCAUGUGUAUGGAGAAUGAAAUGAAAUGGAUGAAAAUACAUGACACUUUCUAAUUUCUGGUUUUGGUCUCCCUUUAACUAUAUUUCGAUGGCAUAUGACCUGUACGUAUCCUAAUUACAGGUGGAAAACAAAUGCGUCAUAAUGUUAUAUCAUUUGCACUUAUUUCGCCCCUUCCCUUCGCCUUCCUUAAUUGCCCCCUCCCCCUUCACCUUGCGACAUAAUUUCCCUGAAUCUUAAAUCGUUUGUCAUCAUGACUUGACAUAACGAAUAGGGGCCCCAGACUGCAGCGCCGGGGGUAUAUUGCGUAAGAGUAUCUGAUAUUCGUCAUGACUUUAUCACUAACUUCCUCCGGGUUAAAGUUUACUAAGAUUGGUUUUAAGUGUUGUCAUAUCUAAACCCUAUACCCCUUUACUUUGUAAUUAUGUUGAAAUUUUGAAAUAAAAUAAAUUCGUUAUCAAUCAAUCAAUCACCCCAUCCUCUCCAACUCUUUGUUCGCACCAGAGAAAAUGAAGUACACACAUACCUCUUCGCGGGUAAAAAAGAUCUUAAUUCAAAUUAAUUCAUUGCAUUACGUGUUAUUUUGCACCGUCCGGAGUUGUACAUGCCUUUCUAGCUCCGUUUUAAUUUUUAUACAAUUUUUCCCGAAAUGUAUAAACCUCUGGGAUUGCUUGCCACAAGUAUUUUGAUAGGGAGUAAGUUGACAUUUUUCUUUAUGAAAAAGAAAGGGCUCGUAUAUGUCUAGUUACAUCACCUAUCACCCGUUUUCCCACUUCCUUAUUUCCUUUUUUUUCUUCUUAUCUUUCAAUUUUCCCCAUUACCGGAAAAACGGCCCACGUGAGGCACCGCCCCUCUUUAUUAAUUUUAUUUUGAUAUUCAGUACCCUGGGGAUUCCCCAACAGAUAAGUCAAAAUAUGCUUGGAAACAAGCCAGUGUUAUUAAGGUAUUGGAAAAGCGAUUGAAGACUUUACAAUCAAUUUAAAAAAAUGUACUUUUUUAUAGUGACGAUAAUAACAUUUCUUACAAUCUCAUUCAUGAGUCAGAUAUGGCCUUUUAAAUUUUCGCUUAUUUAGUAUUUUCAAUACAGCUGUAUACACAUCAUAAUUUGUGAGAGCGGGUUAUGUCACACACACACACACACACGAUCUUUUUAGUUUAUAUCAUAUAUGUCUGAUAUCAGUUAGUUCAAUAUUGAUAGCUCUGGUUAUGUAUUUAAAAGAUAUGAAAUAAAGUAACUGUGUCCUAACUUGUUAACGGAUAAUCAAACUAUGAAAAUAUCUCCAUUAUUGGAUGAAUUAAUUGAAAUAUAAUAACGCGUAUGUUUCAUCAUUGUCACCCUCGCUUUUAUACUGCCAAUGUUGCAAAUAUAACUGUUAUAUAAAUAAGUGAAAAUAUACAAAGUAAUAACUUUGUUUAGUUUAAAUCAUAUUUUGAUGAGAUUUUCAAUACUAUACUUUUUCAGGUUUUUUGGUCCAGUUUUAUAUGCAGAUAAUAGACCUUACAGUUGUAAAAGUGAUUUAAACAGGUGUCCUAUUCGUUAAAUCAACUUGUACUGGGGUUGGAUUUGGCCUUUAAUGGUAACUUUGUGAAACUGUACAUACGGCCCCUGGUACAUUUCUAGGUCCCUUGCCAAAAGAAUAUUGUAGGUUUAGAGAAACGGAUGAUGACAGAAAUAACCACACAUGAAUACAAACAGUUGAGCAGGCUUGACUUACAUUUGACUCCUAAACUUCGAGGGUCUGACAGAAAAAAAUGUGUGAUUCAUAUAUAUUUUGAUCUUUUUCUAUGUGGCAUUAUGUGUGUGGCUUGUCGUUUCAGACGACAGUAAGUUAAGAAUAGAUGAAGUAUCAAUUUCCAACGAAUUAGCUUUCAUUUUGUAGUGGAUCUAUCCCCUUUUUGUUUGAUAGUCAAUAACCAUUUUAUUAAAUACAAAGGUAAUCAUUUUCUCAAUGCAAUUUCUUAGCUAAAAUGCUUGCCGCAUUACGAGUAUUAUGAUUUUCAUAUGUGAAGAACCAUUACAGUAGAUUAUUCAGAUAUUCACUGUAAUAUAGGUACUUAUUUCAAAACUUAAUCAUUUCAUCCCCAUCAUACUCAUUGUGUAUAAUCAUACUUUUAUAUUAGCAAUGUCUUCGUCAUGUCGGAAUGAUAUUGUUGUAUUACUCAACUCAUAUGAAAAAUCAAUUGUUAGUGAUUUUUUUUAUUUGAAUAGAUUAUCAGAAAACGUAUAUGUUGAUAAUACAAUUAUUUUGUGUAAUUUGAUAUCAUUUUCUGUAAAUGUAGCGUAACUUGCACGUAGACUAGAAAUUUGCAGUGUCGACAUUGCAACUUGUCAUUUUGACUUUAUAUAGCGCAUGACUUGUAAAUAGCUUUAUCUAAAUUUAUCUUACUAUAUAGCUGUGUAAAUACGCAAAUCGUACUGUAUUUCGCAAAUAAUGAAUCGAUUGAUGUAAUAUUUUUCAUUGAUUAAAAUGUUGAUGUCAAUAUAAACCCAAA